AUGCCACCACAUAAAAAGAAUGGUGUUUCAUCAUCCACUGGAAAGAGUACAAAGGUGAAGAGGGUGAAUAAUGCUUGUCAAACUUGUCGGAAAAAAAAGAUCAAGUGUAAUGGUGAAAAUCCAUGUAUCAGUUGCAUCAAUUAUAAUGUGGAGUGUUACUACACCACCAAAGCAAAUAAUAAACCACCAGGAUCCAAUAUAGACUUUUCAAAAGCUAGAGCAUUGAAAAAGAAAGCUUUGGAAUUGGCUCAGAAGCUAACAAACUAUGAGGAAUCGGAACGUCAACCAGAAUCGUUUGAAACAAUCUCUAAACAGAUUGAUUCACUAAAUAAUAUUUUAGGUCAUAGAGCAAAACCAAAUACGCCUGAAGAAGAAGUGAUCAAAUACUCGAGGGAGACUAAAUAUCAUUCACAAUGUCGUAAGGGGAAGUUUUGGGAAUUUAUGAAUGGUGAAAGAGUUGUAGAUCCAAUUUUUGGACUACAUAAUACCAUUUCAAUAUUUAGUAUUGGUGGAAGAAAUUGGAUCUUAUCUAGACUUCAAAAUUUUGAAAAAGAAUACGAUAUAAAAGACAAAUUUUACCAAGACAAGUUUAUCCAAAUUUUCAAUAAUUCAGCUCUAGCUGCAAAUAAGGUUAUGGGAAAUGAUGUUGCUUUAUGGAGUGAAACAUUAUCAUCUAACGAAUGGUUCCAAAUUAUUCAUACAGAAUUGGAUUUUAAUGCAAUUAAACAGAUAGUUAUCAGUAUGAAUGAUAAUGAACUAGCCAUUCGUCAUUUUACCACAAAGGAAAAGCUCUUGCAGAUCGUUGAGAGAUUAUCUAGUGACAUUGAACUAAUUGAUCUUGAAUAUUUUCCAUUAAUUUGCUUACUUUUAAAAUUCAAGAAACAACACAUUAAUAAUCCUAAAGAUACUUUACCCAAAAUUAAGGUAUCCAGGUUAAUAAAGUUUGGUAUUCGAUUGUUUCAAAGACUAAUGUUUUCAUUUGAAGGAGGUUACAAUUCAUUAAAAGGUCUAGUUCAACUCAUGGAAUAUUUAGAAUCCCCUUAUAUUGCUUCUUUCCCCAGUACAAUUUUAAAAUGUGCUUUAGAUUUUGCUAAAAAAGAUGGUUUACAUUCCAUGGAAUAUUAUGUUGGACAUACAGAAGCAGACUCUAAUGAGAGACGUAAAGUGUUUUGGAAAUUAUUUGUGAUGGAUAAGUGGAAUUAUUUAGCAGAUGGUAGAGAUAUUAGAAUUGUUCAUUCACAAGUUUCAACAUUUUUACCCUCAAAAAUCCACAAUGUCAUGGUCAAAUUUGACUCAAACAUUUUCAAUUAUGAAACCUUAACAAAUUACCUUUCGUAUUAUGAAAUUGAGAUUUCCAAAAUUGUUUCCAAAAUGUAUUUGAAAGUUUUCAAUACAGGUGAUUAUGAAUAUUCCAAACCUUAUGUUUUGGAAAUAUUAGCAGAGCUAGAAAAGCUUCAACUGGCUAUAAUUCCACAGUUUCGGCCUGGAAGUUCGAUCGAACUUUUGGACGAUUAUAAGAUUAAUGAAAGUGAAAGACAAAAACUGCACAUGAAGGCUUUACAUUUACAUUUAUUCUAUUAUUUGACACUUAAUUUCCUGCUGAGAAAUACAUUAGAUGCAUUGGAUAAUGUUUAUCAAAAUAGGGUAUUGAAUAAUGAUUUGAAAAUAUUCGAGAUAUUUUUUGCUUUUGGUACGUUGAGUGAAAGCUAUAAAUUAUCAUAUGUCAAAUUUACAAUGAGUUCAGCAUGCUAUUUGAUAUAUUCUUAUAUUAAAAACCCAUAUGAUGCCAAUUUUGCAAACAAGUUGUUAGAAUUCAUCUUAAAAUAUUCUUCCAUCAUAUAUUCUUAUAGUAUCAAGAACGGUGAUUAUGAUCAUUGGGAGAUGGUUAAUUCAAUGUUAAAUUCCAUGAUUUUGCCAUGUGUCGAUAUAUUUGAAUUGAUCAAAAGUCAAAGAGUUAAAGAUUCAGAUACAAAUUUUGACUUGAUUAACGAGAUACAAAAUUUCAGGCACCAAGUAAAACAAUUUGAAGAGUUGAUGAACAAGGAAUCCGAUCAACACCAGGCUUUGAUGGAGCAAAUCCUCAGUGUGAACAUGUCAGAUGUUGAUAGCUUUUUCCGAUCAGAUAACUUGAAUAAUGAGUCAUUCUAUGACUUUCUCAUAUAG